CCGCUCUCUCCCGUUUUCACAAUAAUUCGUUUUAAUUCUCUCCUUUUUUCGCUCUCUAUCUCUCGCUUUUCUCUGUUGAUAAUGAGAAUAAGUGUGAGAAGAAUGAAAGGAACAGUUCAUUUCUUGUAACCGUAGGGGGAAGGCUUGUUUGAGCGCGCAUAGAAAAGGCUGCACAUUUCGUGAAAGGGAAGACGUGGUAGAUAACGGAACAAGGAAGAAUACCAGAAUGCGAGUAGUAACGUUGCACUUCACAAAUUGAUGAAUUGAAAAUAUACAUAUCAGUGAUUAAUUUCGUCUACGACGAAAUAUUCCUAAGUUAAUAUAAAAAUAAAUCAGGUGGCAUUGUGAUAUUGAUAUUGAACAUAAUGGAAACGGCGUUGCCUGAAGUGCAACUUUCCUGUCUGCUGUGCGAGCAAACUUUUGAUGCCAUUGAGAAGCUGGACGAACACUUGCCCAUACACUUUCCGCAGCCGGAGAACACUGGUCAAACAUGCGAUCUAUGCGGGCGCGCGAUGCGAUCCUCGCUGGAGCUGCACCAGCACUACAAAAGAUUCCAUGAAGCCCAUGUGGCCAACACAGAGGGACACUUUCCCUGCCAGCUCUGCGACAAGGUGUUCCUUCUCCAGGAUCAUCUCAAGGUGCACGUCAAGAUUGAGCAUGCGACCGAUGGCUACCAACCAGAUGAGAAGUCAUUAGAUUGGCAGCACCACACUCCCAGAAGUCUCGACUCCACAAACGAUGAUAAACUGGAUCCCAUCUUGUGCCCUCCACCGAAAAGGAAGUAUCCGCCACGCUCCCCCUUCUUUAAUCCAAAUCUCUGGCUAGGUGCUGACAACUCCUUCAUGUAAAGGAACUUGGUGCAAUAUACAACUGACGUUACUUGGCAAGAGCUGUGAAUGCAGCUUACCGAUUUUUUUCUAUCUGCCAUCAUCUAGACAUCAUACAUGAUUCUCAAUUAAAUUAGAGGAAGUAAAACAACAGAUGUGCCU